GUAUUUGAGCAGGGAAACAUAAUAAAACAAAAGCUGUACAGUACCUGUUCGGAUUGCUUUGCUCACCUGUCACUCAAGUUUAUCGUCACGCCUCUUUAGUUUGCGGGUUAAUCUUCAUGCAACUUCACUGCGCGCAAUCGAGAUAACACGAGCUACCAGCAUUUCACGCGGAACUCACAAUGUGAGGAUACGGGAAAUAAAACAACAUGCGAAGACUUCAAGCGCAUAUCUCACUUUAGUUGAGAAGAGUGACUGCGUCUUUGGCCAUUUGAUAUUGAUGUACUUCGAGAGACGUGCUCUUACUUCACUCCAAACUAUUUGAAUGGACCUAAAAACGCACAAUGCAGCCAUCAGCCAAGGGACUCUGAUUCUCACGGUCCCCGGAGAGCCGUGAGAACGCACGUCCGCCGCCCUCGCCGCGGACUAAAGCGCACUGCGCACACGGGACAUCUGGCGAGCUUUUACGCACAGAGGUGAAGCGCGACAGCGGCGCGCAGCAUCCACUGCACAUGCACAGACGCGCAAAUAAACUCUCAUCCCUGCGAAUAAUGCUCUUUUCUAGCGUUAUUUAACGAAAUUGUGACAUUUUAUGUCACCACCGGAUUGGGCGCAACUGCGAGUUCCUCAAAUUUGCGACAUGGCGAAAGCGAUAUAAGACUGUAGACCAAAUAAAAUCAUAACAGGCGAUCUUUAAUCGGUCAGCAUGGAGGAUACUUUGAAUAACCGUGAAUGCACCAACCUGAGCGUGCUAAACUGGGAGCAGGUAAGGCGUCUGGACGCCAUCCUCACCGAAUACAUCCCCAUUCACGGCAAGUGGAACUUCCCCACUUUGGAGAUGAAGCCUCGGGAUAUCGUCAAAGCGGUGCGGUGUCGUAUGGAAGAGCGUCAGAUUCACGUCCGCGAGGUCCGGUUGAACGGUUCCGCGGCCAGUCACGUUCUCCAUGAGGACAGCGGGUUGGGCUACAAGGACCUGGACCUCAUCUUUUGCGCAGAUCUAAAAGGAGAAGUAGAGUUUCAGACCGUCAAAGAUAUCGUUCUGGAUUCACUCCUGGAUUUCUUACCUGAAGGCGUAAAUAAAGAGAAAAUAACUCCACUGACUUUAAAGGAGGCAUAUGUGCAGAAGAUGGUAAAAGUAUGCAACGACUCCGACCGCUGGAGUUUAAUCUCCCUAUCUAACAACAGCGGGAAGAACGUGGAGCUCAAGUUUGUCGAUUCCCUCCGGCGUCAGUUCGAGUUCAGCGUGGACUCCUUCCAGAUCCACCUGGACUCUCUCCUGUUUUUCUACGAGUGCUCCGAGAACCCCAUGGCCGAGACCUUUCACCCCUCCGUCGUUGGAGAGAGCGUUUACGGCGACUUCACCGUCGCCCUGGACCACCUGCAAAGGAAACAGAUCUGCACCCGGAAUCCCGAGGAGAUCCGCGGCGGAGGAUUGCUGAAGUACUGCCACCUGCUGGUGCGGGGUUUCCGCGCUGCUUCGGAAAGCGAGAUGAAGCUUCUGGAGCGCUACAUGUGCUCUCGGUUCUUCAUCGACUUCUCGGACGUGGCGGAACAGAGACGCAAACUCGAGUCUUAUCUGCAGAAUCAUUUCGUCGGACUGGAGGACCGCAAAUACGAGUAUCUGACCACGCUCCACAGCGUCGUCAAUGAAAGUACGGUGUGCCUGAUGGGCCAUGAAAGACGCCAGGCGCUGAGUCUCAUCACCAUGUUGGCGGUGCGCGUGCUGGCGGAACAGAACGUUAUUCCAAACGUGGCAAACGUUACCUGCUUUUACCAGCCUGCGCCGUACAUCGCCGACGGCAACUUUAACAAUUAUUACAUUGCUCAAGUGCAGCCGGUCUACGCCUGUCAGCCCACGCACACCUUCUCACCGUGGCUGCCCUGCAACUAGCACAUUUUCAGA